GUCUGGCCGUGGCCACCCGCGUUUGCAUCUUCGACCCUGUCGGUCUGGGCUGGAGUGAGCGAGGGCCGCCAGCAGGUUUCCAGGUGGAUGCGGAGGCGAUGAAGUCAGUGGUGGAUGCAGAGCUCGCUACACAUGGCGCCCAGAAUUGGCAGGUCGUCGUCGGAGGGCACUCGCGAGGCCACCUCACCGCCUGCACUUUCAUGCGCCAAUAUGGGCAGCUCUACGAGGGAGGUGUUGCCGUGCUGGGUUUUGACGGCAGUUUUUGCGGGCCACCUGAUGAUGGAACUCGUGAGAUUCUCGAACUCGACAUUUUUCCGGUUCUUCGCUGGUCGCUGGCGCCUGUGCUGUCUUUGGUGGCCGGCUUCGCCAGGAUCCUGUUGGUACUGCUGCUGGAUCAUUUAUUGCAUGGCUGGCCCGUUGUUCACUUCGAGGAGCCUAUCACUGACCUUCCUCCGCGAGUGCUGGCUCGGGUGGCCGAGACAUACUUGCGGCCCAACCUCUGGAGAACCUCCUCGCAGCAGGCUGACAACUGGGUGCAGGCCUACGACGGUCCGGAUGAUAGACUCGGGCCAAGCUGGAAGCGCCCUUCAUCCCCAGAGCAUCUCGACAUCCGCCGGAAUGAGGUUUGCAUUGGCAAGGGCGGGAGGGACAGGGUCUGCGCCACGCACGAUACCAUCAUCAUGCAGCGACGAUUUGCAGCCUUGGCUAGCGACAAGGCCCUGGCUUUUCUGCGUCAGCUUUCAGGGCAGACCUAG